AUGAGAGCCAUGGAUCCCGUGAGACUAUUCUCCGAUACCUUCGGUGUAGAUUAUUCCGCAGCAGCGUACCUCGUCGGCGCACUUUCCUCCAUCCCCUUUGCAUACCUUCACCGGUUUAUCGGCCCACCCGCGCUCCGCCACGUGUACGCCGCAGUUUCCGGCGUACUUCUUUCUUUAAUCUCCUUCACUCCCGAUGUGCUGCUGCAUUUCAUCCUCGCUGCGGCCUUCACGCUCGUCGUCAUGCGAACGCAGCGAAGAAUCUGCGGGCUGGUUACAUUCAUUGGUACCUUCGCACAUCUCAUCGCAUGCCACGUCAUCUUCAUGAGCGACGACGCGCGGCGAACGGGCCGCGUGGACUUCACGGGAACUCUAACGAUCGUGGCGAUCAAGCUGACGUCACUCGCCAUGGACUACCAAGACGGCCUUAAAGCCCUAAAGGACGACGCGAAGCGCGCGAAAGACGGCGAGAAACCAGAGAGCGAGCAACCGUCGGGCGAUGAUCGGAGAAAGGCGGAGAAGCGUGCGAGAGUGAUUAAAGAGAUGCCGUCGCUUGUGGAGUUUCUAGGGUAUCUGUUCUGCUGCGGGCAGCAUCUGCUGGGGCCGUGGUUUGACUAUCAAUCCUACGACGACUGGACACAUCGACGCGGAGUGUGGUCCCCCGCAGUGCGCUCCCCGUCGCCCAUCCCGCCCUUCCUCCGUGUGCUCAUGCAAAGCGCACUAGCAGCUGCCGUCUUCCUCCUCAUUUUCCCGCACCUCGACCUCUCCCUUGCCACCGACCCUGCGCGCUUCUUCGCGCUGCCCUUCCUGCGCCGCCUGCUGCUGGUCUUCCACGCCACGCUCGUCACGCGCUGGCGCUGCUACAUCGGAGGCAGCACAGCGGCAGUGAAGGGCUCUGCAGUAAGUGGAGAGAAGAAAAGAGCACACGCUGCCACCGCUGCUGCUCCUGCUCCUGCUCCUGCUGCUGCUCCUGCUACUGGUGCUGCCACUGGUGCCGCCACUCGCACUGAUGCUGAUGACGCCCCUGCGUGUUCACGUGCCGGGCGGCAGGUGGCGGCGUCAGGUGCCGAGCGACAGGUGGCGUCGUGGGACAGGGCGCGCAAUGUGAAUAUCCUCGGCAUGGAGCUGGCGAGCACGGGCGCUGACGUGGCAAAGAACUGGAACAUCUCCUUCAGCACGUGGCUGCGCAUCUACGUGUACGAGCGGCUGGAGGCAAUGCCAAGAAAGAGUGCGCUCUUCAACCUGCUCUUCACCUUCUUCAUCAGCGCCAUCUCACAUGGUUUGAAUCCAGGGGAUCUGAUAGGCUUCGCGCACUGGGCGCUCAUGAUAGCGGGGUCACGCGUCAUCUACCGCUGGACCCGCCCGCUACCCCAGGGCUCGCUGCGCCGCCGUGUUGCCUCGUUCCUGCACUUCCUCUAUGUGCUGCUCUGCAUCAACUAUGCUGGCUUCGGCUUCAGUGUUAUGACAUUGCAGCACACAGUACAGGCAUACAGGGGGCUCUAUUACUAUGGUACAAUAGUUCCGGUGGUGCUCAUCCUAGCAGGCAACUUCAUCCGAACAGCAAGGGCCAAGGGGGGCAAGAAAAGCCUCAAGACAGAGUAG